CAUACCUUGUCACUCUUCAGGUGUGUUAACCUAAUUUAAAUACAUACACACAUAUUUGUCAAGUUAAGAAUUUUUCGUUAAUAAUCUAUUUAAUAAUUCAUUUUAUUUGCUUUAAAUAAUUAAUUGAUAAACUAGUUUCUUUGCCUUAAUUAAGAGGAAGCUUAAGACCCCAUUGAUCGUAUAGGUAGAGAACAAUCACUGUCAGGUGUUACAGGUAUGUUGAUUGUGUGAAACUUUUACCUAAACUUCCUGCAAUCAUGGCGUCCGUCUUCUCUCUCACUGUCCUCUGGUUCAUAUUGACGUCGAUUUUAGUGUCACAAGCGGAAGAUGAGAUUGUGGUUCGAUGGUGUGUGGUGAAUCCUACUGAAGAAAUAAAAUGUAAGGACCUUCAGAAGAAGUUAGAAAACAUUGUUCAAUACCCACGAGCUGCCAAAUAUAAAUUAAAAUGUUUGCUGAUGUUUGAUAUUUUUGAAUGUAUGGAAAAUAUUCAAACCAAUAAAGCUGACAUCAUAACAUUGGAUCCUGGUCAUGGGUUCUAUGCUGGCAAAUACCAUUACAUGCAUCCUAUUAUGGCGGAGAAAUAUUCCAACUCUGAUCCUUUGAAAUUCUACUCUGUACUUGUCGUUAAUGCCGAUUCUCAGAUAACAAUCAACUCAAUGGAAGGAAAGAGAAUCUGUUUUCCAAGUAUUGGUAAUGCAGCUGGCUGGGUGUACCCUGUAUCAGAAAUGAUUAAAAAACAAAUGUUGGAAAUCAAAGACUGUAAUUCUAUAGGAAAUAGUGUGGCAGCAUUUUUUGGUGGUAUGUGCUUGCCUGGUGGCUUUGAGGCCAACUACAACCCAUUUGGAAACAAUCCCAACUCGAUCUGUGACAGCUGCAGUGGUUCUGGCAAUGAGCGUUGCACCAUGCGUGACCCUUAUUCAGGAUAUGAUGGCGCUUUCAAGUGUUUGGAAGCUGGCAGAGGUGACAUGGCAUUUCUCCGUGACAACACUGUGAAAGAAAUGGUAGCUAACAGUAUCCUUACGGAAAAUGAAUUCCGUUUGGUUUGUCCAAAUGGUGGAAUAAAGGAAGUUUCUGAAUAUGAAUCUUGCAACUGGGGUAUUGUUCCUUCACACAUUGUGAUGGCUUCAAGAGCCAAGGCAGAUGUGGAACUGACAGCAUUUAAGAAUUUCCUGACCAUAAUUGAUGGUUAUUUUGGUGCAAAUUCUAACAGUUUCGAGUUAUAUAAUUCCAACCAGUAUAACAAAUAUGCAGAACGUAACCUCCUCUUUACUGAUGGAACUGUUGGCCUUGAAGAAUUGCAGUUAGAUAAUUCUUACUAUUCUUGGGUUGGAACUGACUACAUUAAAAGUCUGAAUCUUCUCAACACAUGCCCUCUGCACGUUGCCCGUUGGUGUGUGACCUCUCUUCCAGAGAAGAUGAAAUGUGAGGAUUUGAUGAUGUCAUUAAAGGCAAAGAACAUCUUCCCUGAACUUGACUGCAUCCUGGCAGAGAGUGCCAUCGGUUGCAUGGAGCUCAUUGAAGAGGGAGUGGCUGACUUAGUGACACUUGAUGCUGGAGAUGUUUACACGGCUGGCAGACGUUAUAACCUGAUUCCAAUUGCUGCUGAAGAUUAUGGUGACAUGACCAUGUCAUUCCAUGUUGUCGCUAUUGCGAAAAAGACAGAAUCUUUUAUGACAUUAUUUAAUAUGAAAAAAAAACGAGCCUGUCAAGCAGGGGUCGGACGAGGGGACGGAUGGGUAAUACCGCUUGGUGUGUACAUAGACACAGAGCAAUUCAUCCCUGAAGAGUGUAAUGCUUUCAGGAAUAUUGGAGAGUUGUUUAUCCGGGCAUGUAUCCCUGGUGCCUUAGACAAGGAAUAUAAUUCAGAGGGAACGUCUAUCAGUUUGUGUGAAGGCUGUGGCGCUGAAGGUUUCCGAAAAUGUCAGAGGAACAGUGAAGAACAGUAUUAUGGUGCAAACGGCGCUUUCCGUUGUCUCGUCGAGUCUGGCGGAGAUGUGGCAUUUGUUCGUCACUUGACACCUAGGGAUAAUACGGAUGGGCGGAACCAUGCAAAGUGGGCCAGGAACCGGCGCUCUGAUGACUACGAAUUGUUGUGUAAAGGUGGUGGUCGUGCUAACAUCGAUGACUGGGAGAAAUGCCAUCUUGGUAAAGUUCCUGCAAAUGCCAUUGUUACUGGAAGUUAUAAAGACAACAGCACAAUUGAAAAUUACUGGAAUCUCCUCAAUUACGGACAACAGUUUUUCUCAUCAGACACCGAUGGCGAUUUCCAUAUGUUCGAUUCUGGAACCUACUACAACGAUCUCUUGUUCACCGAUUCUGCUGUUCGAUUGAUGCAGCUUCCAGAAGAGAAGCAGAACUACAAGACCUACCUUGGCCCCAAUUUCAUCAGCCAAAUUGAGGCCCUCAAGCAGUACACAUGUAUGCCUAUAGAUGGCAGUCCCAUCCAGCGACUCUCACCUUCCCUCUUACUUGCAGCUCUCUCUUUUCUCUUUUUCUUCUCAUCUCUCCUUUAACUGCCCUCCUCUACUACUCCCCCUUCACCCCAUGUAUAUACAUACAUACAUAUAUAUAUUUCUUAUAUUUUACUAGUUACUUGUGUAUAUUUUUAAAUUCUCAUAAAUAUUUUAUAAUCAACAUUUGGUGCAUUUUAAAACGAUUCUUCAGUUUAUAGUAGAUUUUUGUUAUAUAAAAUAUAUUUGAGUCAACUUA